AGUUAGAAAGCUCAACCGAAAAAAAAAUGUAGUGACUGAAUGUGAAACUGAAAGUGAAAGUAAUGUAGAAGGUAUAAAAGGAAGCCAUGUUCUGGACGGUGCAUUAGACCUGAAAGCAUCACAAGAGAAGAUCUCAGUGUGUGUAGAGCUGAAGCCAGAGCUAUGCCAGACAUCACAGAAGCAGGUGCCGUGGCUGGAGCCAGGGUUACACAUGUCUCUGAAGAGAUGGAUGCUGAGGGACCAUAUGCAGAUGCAGACGCAUUCUUACAUUUUGAAGCAGGAGAACUCGGAUUUGAAGCUGGAGCCAGAGUUAGAGUUAAUUCAGUACGAGUCAGAGCAGCGCGGAGCGUCGUUUCAGCUGAAGCUAACAGUCCAAAUGCUUCUCCCAUGGUUACUGCAGGACGAGAUAGAGCAACGAGGAGCAUCGAUACAGCUGAAGCUAACAGUCCAAAUGAUUCUGCCAUGGUUAGUGCAGGACGAGGUAGAGCAACGAGGAGCAUCGAUACAGCUGAAGCUAACAGUCCAAAUGAUUCUGCCAUGGUUAGUGCAGGACAAGGUAGAGCAACGAGGAGCAUCGAUACAGCUGAAGCUAACAGUCCAAAUGAUUCUGCCAUGGUUGAGGCUGACACCAUAGAAGCAGGAGCUGUGGCUAAAGGAGUGCUUAAAUUUGGAGCCGGAGCCAGAGUUAAGGCUAGUGCAGGACGAGUCAGAGUAAAGCGGAGGAUUGUUUCAGAAAAUGCUUCUGCCUUGGUUGUGGCUAACAGAGAAGCAGGAGCCAUGGUUCGAGCUGAGAAUGCAUGUGUCUCAGAAGAGAUUGACGCUGAGGGACAAAAUGCUGAGGCAGGGGCAUUCAUACAUUAUCAAUCUACACCAGGAAUGCAGAAAUUUGGAGCCGGAGCCAGAGUUAAGGCUAGUGCCGGACGAGUCAGUGUAAAGCGGAGGAUUGUUUCAGAAAAUGCUUCCACCUUGGUUGUGGCUAACAGAGAAGCAGGAGCCAUGGUUGAAGCUGAAAUUGUGAGUGUCACAGAAGAGAUUGACGCUGAGGGACCAAAUGCUGAGGCAGGGGCAUUCAUACAUUAUCAAUCUACACCAGGAAUGCAGAAAUUUGGAGCCGGAGCCAGAGUUAAGGCUAGUGCAGGACGAGUCAGUGUAAAGCGGAGGAUUGUUUCAGAAAAUGCUUCUGCCUUGUUUGUGGCUAACAACAGAGAAGCAGGAGCUAUGGUUCGAGCUGAGAAUGCAUGUGUCUCAGAAGAGAUUGACGCUGAGGGACCAAAUGCUGAGGCAGGGGCAUUCAUACAUUAUCAAGAAAAACCAGGAAAGCUUGAAUGUGAAGUUGAAGCCAGUGUUAAGGCUAGUUUAGGAAAAAUCAAAGCAACGCAGGACGACAUUUCAGCUGAAGCUAACGGUCCUAAUGCUUCUGCCAGGGUUGUGGUUAGCAACAGAGAAGUAGCAGUCAUGGCUGGAGCUGAGGUUGCAAGUGCCUCAGUUUCAGCAGGUCCGGCUGAAAUUAAAGUUGGUCUUGGGGUUCAAACAGGUCUUAACAUUGGCCCCAAUGGCACAGAAGUAAAAGUUCUGGGCUGUGGCUUUUCACUCGGCAGCACGACGGGAGUUGCUCUUUUUGGAAACGAAGUGAAAUUUAAGUUAUGGUAAAAGUGCUUUAACAGUAAAAGUAAGAUUGUUGUUAAUUGCUCUUCUUCGACUUGUUACAGUCAUACAUUGACUAAAUUCAGCCUAAACUACAUUCAGCCUACGCAAUUCCCUGCCCUCCCUUAAUCAGCAUCUUAGUUUGUCUUAGUAGUGUCCUGUUUAUAUGUAUGGAUAAAGAACAUAAAGGACCUUAUCUUCACUGUGAAGCCUUACAGUUUCAUUAGAGAUUACAGCAAUGACGCAAUGAAUUUCCUCCAAUAUCUGCCAAAAAAGGUUCAUGACCUGAAGCUUUUUUAAAAUAAAUGAUGAAAAUGAUGCGUUCCUAGUGCAUGCUACAGUGGGGUUUUGGUUCCAGCUAACAUAUUUGUGCAUUCCAAUGCUUUCAAAAUGUUUGUAUUUUUUAGUAACAACUGGAAAAAUUGACAUAAUGUUGUGUAAUGUAUUUAAUAAACAAAAGGCAACCCCCUUAUAUAUGUUAUGUUUCAUGGUUAAUGCAAGUUUUUGAUAACCGUAUUUACUCUGGAUGUUGUUAUUGCAUAUGAUUAUCUGGAUUAUUGACCUUGUCUUGACCUUGUCUUUUGAAUUAUGUUUUGGUUUGUGUUUGCUUAGUGCUUUUGGUGUUAGUUCUGGAAUGUUUUGAUGCUAAUUUUGCAGCAAUAAACCAAGAUGUAUCUUGCAGAUGUAUCCAUAUAUCAGGCCUGAUAGCUGUUUGUUACCCAAAGAAAAUGAAAUAUUAAAAAAUACAAUAUUAUUGACUUGCCGCUCUUGUCCGUCUUCAAGAGUCUUGGAAUUUGUGGCACAGCAUGGAAAUGGUUUGCUUCGUACCUGGUGGGUCAGUCAUAUCAGGUGACGUGGAGGGGAUCCACAUCUGCUCCAUACAGACUCUUCAUCAUUGGUGUCAAGGCUCAAUGCUUGGUCCUCUUCUUUUCUAACUCUAUACCUGCACGUCACCUGUCAGUGGUUUCAAUGUUACGGCUGAACGAGUUAUAAUACUUGUAUAAAUCAUCUGUGUGGCACAGUGUUGUCUAAAUAUACUGAUUCAACAAAUAAACUUUUGUUUCU